AUGAAGUUUUUAGCAAAGUGGUCACCACAACUUCCCCAUGAGUCUUUGCAAUUGAGGGGCUCACAGUUCGACACACUCCUAUCUACAAUUUGUCAAAUUCGACACACAGCAGUUCACCGGCAGCCGAUCACAGCAACCAGCGUCAGUUUGCUGGUCCUCGAAGCUAAGAGGCUGGCAGAAGCUUUGCAAGAUCCUUUACGCACAUCACAAUUGGAAGACCUUCACUUCGACAUACAAAACAAGAUCCAGGAAAUGGAGCUGAACAAGAACGCCCUUGAAGCUAAUCACGCUCACGAGCUUAGAGCCUUGCAGCUCCAACGAGAAGAAUUAGACCAGAAGGAGGAGCAGCUCAGAGCCAAAAUUAUCAACAGCGAUAAAGAGAACAAAACUCUCACGGGCCUUCUGGUUAAGGAGUCACUUAAAAGGAUAUUUAUUGACAGGCAAAGUGCCCUUGAUGAUGAUUCAGUUGGGUUUGAGGCGGAGAAUGACGGAGCAAACAAAAACAUUAGUCCAGGUUGUCAGCUUCUAUGA